CUGUCUGUCGUGACAUGGCCAUGAGCUUGAGACCAACAGUUUUCCCUGAGCAGAUAAGCAAACUGGAGGAGGACAAAUCAGCUGUAAAUGUGGAGGACUCUGAGUCUGAUAUCCCUGAUGCCACGCUAUGUGUUGAAGGUGAAAGUUUUUACGUCAACCGUCAAUGUCUGGCCCAACAGAGUCCCUACUUCAGGGCUCUGUUCUUUGGCUCUGGAGUAGAAAGCAGCAAAAGAAAAGUUGAAAUUAAAGGUGUGGGCCGGCAGCAUUUCAGGGUUUUGAUGGAACACACCAGGAGAUCCAGGCUGGUUUUGGACAGAGAAAAUGUUCUGGGGAUCCUUGAGACUGCGGACUUUCUCCAGCUCGAGCGAGCCAGGCUGCUGUGCUGCAAGUUCCUGGAGCGUGAACUGCACCUGAGUAACUGUUUGGGGAUGAUGACUUACGCCUGGCAGCGAGGCUGCACUCCACUCUACACUGCUGCGAAACAGGUUGUGCUCACACACUUUCCUGCGAUCAUCGCUGAAGAGGACUUUUUGUCUUUACCUAAGGAGACAGUGGCGCAUAUUCUUGCCAGUGAUGAUCUGGCCAUCAUUAAAGAUGAUCUGGCCUUGGAGGCCAUCCUACGUUGGGUAUCAUUUGACCCUAAAAGAGAGGAACACUUUCUGGAGCUCAUUGAGCUGGUGAGGCAUGAGUCUCUGUCUUUGACAUUUAUCACUGAACUUUUGACCAAAAUGAAAAGCUCUGACCCCAGAGCAAACCUCAUCCGCAAGCUGAAUGAACAUUACCCAGUCUCAUGGUCAAUAGGCAGGUCACUGAGGAGGAUCAGGGCCAGAGAAACCUUCUUUGUCUUGGGCGGACCUCACGAUCAGGAGCAACAGGCACUGUACCAGUUUCAUCCUCUCAGUGGGAGAUGGCAAAGCUGUGCACCUCUGCGGAGGAAGAACCUUACACAGUACUCGGUAGCUGCAGUAGGAGACAACGUGAUUGUGACGGGUGGCUACUUCCGGGAUGUGCUGUGGUUUAGCGUGGACUGGGUCAGUGUAUACGAAUGUGGCAACCAGCGCUGGGUGAAUGCACCAGCCUUGCAGAAGUCCAGACACAGCCACUGCUCCAUUGGGGUGGACUCAGUGUUGUAUGUCCUGGGUGGCAGUAUGGACGAAGGGCUUGUGGCUGAUGUAGAAAGGCUGGUCCUGGGAUCAGAGGACGGCUGGGAGGGGGUCAGCCCCAUGGUUAGGGCUGUGGAGCGGGCAGCCACCGCUGCUCUGGGGUUGUGUAUCUAUGUGGCUUGUGGCCUGGAUGAAAACGGGGAGGUAUACAGUGGAAUUCAGAGGUAUGUUGUGAAGGAGGAUCAGUGGGAUGUAGUCUCUUGUUCUCCAUUUCCAAGAUAUGACCUGGUUGCCACUGAACUCAAUGGUGCCCUCUACCUUUUUGGAGGCCAAACCUUACGUUUUGACGUGGAGACAGACGAGUGGACGGUGCUGGAGGAGGAAUCUCUGGAAAGGAAGUUCUUCUGUGGCUGCACCACAGUCAGUGGUCAAAUAUUCCUGGUCAGUGAGAGGAGGGUUAACAAAGCAUUUCCAAACAUGGUGCUGAUGGACCCGUAUAUAAACACUUGCAUUGAGAUAGAUGAUGCCAUACCUUGCCCUGUGCCCCUCAGAGGGUGUGUCACCUUGAGAAUGAUCAUGUGAUGGUGUGUGAUGUGACUACUGUAUAUAACACUAAUUGUAGUUAUAUGUAAUGAAAAUGUAAUUUCUUUUUUUAUGUAAGAAGUUUUAGCUUCUGCAAAAAUAAAAUGAAGUUUCUGAAAAGUUAAAACCUAAAAUGGACUGUGGUAACACACAUUCAACACAUACAGGCAACAAAAUUAUUGACAUAAGUGCAAAUUUCUACAACAGAAUUUAUUAAAACUUCAACUUCCCACACAACCAACAAAGCAUCCAUGUACACUCAUACGGUAAGAGUCAAGUGUAACAUAAGCGGAUACAUAACAGUUCUCCUGCUAUUUGCUAGUAUUGUAUUUUAUACUUUUCUUUAAUAAAAUAAAUAAUAUUGUAGUGGGGGUCAUUAAGUAAUUCAGUGGAUCAGCCCUUUAAAUUUUCUGGAUCAUUACAAUGCACAGUAGGUACAGUAAUUACGUCCCUUUUCAAAGUCAGAUUCAGUACAGAGACAGAAACCAGAGCACCUUUCCUACAUCGUUUUCCUACAAAAACGUAACAGCAGUUUUUCAUAGUGUUUGAUAAGUGGUGUUAUCUAUGAACAUUAUCUGUUUUUUUAACAGUCCUGAUGAUCAAAAACCUGUGAAUCUGUAGCCAAACAACAUUACAGACACCUGUCAAGUCUGGGUUCAAGUAUGUUAGAUAAAUGCAUGUAAAAUCCAAUGAUCUCUUGUUCCCUGUAAAGCAUUACAAAAAAUGUCCUUACUUACUGUAUAUAAAAAUGAUUAAAUCUUUACAUUUCAUAGGCUUUUCUUGAUCUAAACCAUAAACCAUUACACCUUUGACAAUGCCACUAUCUAAAAUAGCUAACAUUUCACAAUGCAUAUCUAAUGCCCAUUUUCUUUAUGGCUCACCCAGAUGUUACCAGCCUCACCUACAUUUCAAAACUAACAUGAACACAGCAAGGCCUGGUCCAGGUGUCUGGUAAACAGGUAAAAGUAUUCACACACAGAGCUUAAUAUCAAGUGUUCAUCACAUAACAGUGUUAAAACAGCAGCCAAGGCACAAAACAAGGGACAGCAGAGCUAACCUUAACAAAAACAUCACUGAGAACGCA